AUAAUUUAAUUCACGUGCUUAUGUUGGAAGCAACGUUAUUUCCGGUUUGAUAACAAUAUUGUGGGACCCUAGAUUACUUUACGGCAAACGAGGGGAUUGGCAGCGGUGAGGUCUGGAAGGCUGCGCUAGGUGAUUGUGUACAUUGCUCAUUUGAAACUUGUUAGAUAUAGAAAAGAAAAAGAAGAACCCUGAGCGGUGCUAUUUGUUAUUGUGCGUAUUCUUCAAAAGCGCGACGCUGCACACGUCUGAUUACAGGGGGAGCAAUAACAGAGGGGAGAUGGAUACGGAGUCUGAAGGAUCUUCUAACCCGGGCUCAGGAGGAGGAGGAGGAGGAGGAGGAGGCUUUGGCAGUUUAUUCAGAUCUACAGGUCCGGUUUAUUCAAAUUCAGAGCUCUCCGGUGUGCCUCUGUCUGGUAUGAGCCCUCUGUCACCUUAUCUCAAUGUUGACCCCAAAUAUCUUAUUCAGGAUGCAGAUGAGUUCAUUUUGCCCACUGGUGCCAACAAGACAAGAGGACGCUUUGAGUUGGCUUUCUUCACCAUUGGCUCAUGCUGUAUGACAGGUGCACUCUUUGGAGCCAUCAAUGGAUUACGACUGGGACUGACUGAAACUAGGAAUAUGGCCUGGUCUAAACCUCGUAAUGUACAAAUACUAAACCUGGUGACCCGUCAGGGAGCUACAUGGGCGAACACUCUGGGCUCAGUGGCUCUAUUAUACAGUGUAUUUGGUGUGAUCAUCGAAAAAACUAGAGGAGCAGAGGAUGAUCUCAACACCAUGGCUGCUGGCACAAUGACUGGUGUUCUCUACAAAUCCCCAGGAAGAAUGCAGAAUCGAACAAGACCAAGGAUAAAAAAGGUGGUACACAGCAAUGAUGGGGUUUGCGUGGAGCAGUUCGAGGAGGCGUGGUCGGCUUUGCUUUAUCAGGACUGUACGCCUUGUACAAUAACUGGGAUCAUCUGAAAGGCGGCACCUCCACUCGCUACUGAGAAAACCAGGACGAGAGUAGACAUUUUGCACUGUUAGAUGUCAUAGCCUGGUAUUUGGGUCAAUCCUAAGGAAUGACCGCUUCAUAUCAUAUUCAUUCAUAUUAGAUUUCAUCAAGAUUAAAAGGUCCACUUAAUGCAAAUGGUUCAUUUCCAUGAACUAUAAACAGCUGAUUUGUGUGUAACCUGUUCUUGAUUGAUUUGUCUUUUUUUCCCCCCAUGGAGUACAUAGAAUUGAGUGCAAGACUGUUAUAAAGAAACCAAAAGGGCAUUAAAUGCAAGUUAGGAAUAGGUUAAUGAAUUGUAUGAAUAUGUAAUGUGGAUUUGUAUAUAAACUGAGACUUGGUACUGUACAUUUUUAAUAUUUCAACCAUAAACCAGGGAGAGUAAAUCUUUUGCAACUGUGUUGUAUUCUGUGGUUCACUAUUUUAUUUACAAAAUGAGUAAUGUUGGGGUUUUUUUUGUACCUAACUUAGUGAACUGUUGCACUUUGUCAAGACUUGUUAUAAUUACAUGUAAUAAUAACUGAUUUACCUUUAAUUUCUCUGAACUGUGCUAAUAUGCUAAUAAAUACAAAAGAGCUUGUUUUAUGUAAACUAUUGAGUCAGAUAUCAGUAAUAAUUAUUCCACAUUUAAAAGCCCAUGUUUGUUAAAAAUAUAGGAUAAUGGAAUAAAUCAAGGAGAACUGGCUGAAACUGUUCUACUACUAUCAGUUGGACUUGACAGUCAGAUUAACUUGUUUUGGAGACAUGACUUCAGUGUAUACAUAAUUAUCGAGGCCUUCUGCCAAGUUUUCAGUCUUCUAAUGGCUUUCUGUAUCAGCACAACAUGUAAUAAGGAGGAAAUUGCCUUGACGUUAUAAACUAAGCACAAUGCAUUGUAAGUAUAAAAUGAUAUCUCCUGAAAACAACAAAAAUAUAGAUCUCACACAAAGUACACCAUACACAGAUAAAUUAUUAAUUUUUAUAAUUACAGAGAAUAAAGUAUAUAUUAUAUUUUAUUGGACAUUGACACAAGCCAUGAUUCAGAGCUUUUUAAGACUUAUUACAAGGGGGAAAAUUACAGUUAUGUGUUUUGUACCAAGCCGUGUGUCAUUAAAUGAAUAGUUUAUACACAAAAGCAGUAAGAAAAAAAAACCUUGAGUUAAUUCUGGACGUUACAUUUGUGUCUGAAGUUUGUUGUUGUUUUUCAGUGUGGGAACAAAAUCCAAGUCAAAAUCAUCAGAUAUGUCAAAACUGACUAUUUGGGACAUUGUUAAUGAGUCUAUAUUGGUCACAAUUACAUUACAGCACAGUGAAAUUCUUUUCUUUGCAUACCCCAGCAUGUCAGGAAGCUGGGGUCAGAGUGCAGGGUCAGCCAUGAUACAGCACCCCUGGAGUAGAGAGGGUUAAGGGCCUUGCUCAAGGACCCAACAGUGGCAGCUUGGCACUCAUGAACUCAUGACCUUCUGAUCAAUAACCAAGAACCUUAACCGUCAAGUCACCUAAGAACCAAAAUGCCCUGGUGAGAUCAACAAUGGCAAAUGGCCUGACACUAGUCGAUGAUUCAUGACUUUGUCAUACAGAAUGUAAACACAGAUGUCUACCAUAAAGAGAAUAGUACCUAGUCAUGAACUCUGUUUUAUAGCAAGGUACAGAUCUCUAGUUUGCUGAAAAGGACAGUUGAGCUGAGACAGUUUGGGGGAAAAGGAUUCAUUCAUUCAGCUUCUGAAACCACUCCAUCUAGGUCAAUCAGUGUGAAACCUUAUUCCAUAACAGUGGGUAUGAGAUGGGGAUACACCAUGGCUAAGACACCAGUCCAUCACAGGAUACCAUACACACACACACACACCCCUAGGGACAAUUUAACAUACCCAAUCCAUCUACUGGCAUAUAUUUGGAAAGAAACCAGAGCACCCCGAGGAAACCCACAAGGAUAUGGGGACAACAUGCAAAACUCCAUGUACACAGUAACCAGAUUGAACAGAGCAGCUACCUGCUGCACCACUAAGGCCAUCCAGAUUCAUAGAGAUUCAAAGAGAUUCAUAGAUUGCUAUAUAAUACACCUGAUGUAGAUGUGGAUAUUCUUGGAUCAAAGCAGAUAUUUAACAGCCAAUUUCCACGACCUACACAGUCCCUUACUAAGCCAAGCAAACAAUAAUGCCCUUGACUAAUGUUCAAGCUUCACACAGUAGUGGUACACAACCUAUUUUUUUUUUUUUUUUUAACUGAGUUACAACAAACAGUGAAGGGAAAUGAGAACAGAAACCGAGAAUUGCAUUUCCAGAAACUAGAAACAGCUUACUUGUGUGCACUUUCUUUUCUUGACAAGUUUUUUUUCCACCAUGAUUUUUUUUUCCAAUAAAGUUUUAUUGAGAAGAAAAGCAAACUGACUGACACAUAGCAACAAUCAUUCACAGUUUUUUUCUUUUUUUGCUAACAAAAUUAAAAAGUACAAACACCGAAAACAAACCCACUGAGAAAUGGAACUGAGGCAUCAGGAAUCCCAAAUACAGCAAUCAAUGGGCAAGGUUUUAAAUCUACCCUGAGAAUAGUGGACAUGACGGUAAAGAAACCAGACCAAAAACCAUGGAGAUCAGGGCAGAAGAAAAACAUAUGGCCAAGAUGACAGGGAGAGCCAUGGCAUUUAUCACACUUGUCCUCUACAUCCAGAUAUAUUACAGAGAGUCUCGACAAGAAGUGGUAGACUGUACCCUCUCUAUAGCAUGUUCCCAACACACUUCACUUAUCAGUACUCCUAACUCCGUUUCCCACGCAUUCUUAAUUUUGGUGCUCGGCUCACUACCUAGUGCCAGAAUAAAAUCAUAAAUCCUAGAAAUCAUUCCUCUCUGAUGUGGAUUGUUUGAAAACAAGCUUUCCCAAGCCUGUUCGGGAGGCGCAGAGUUCAAAUUAGGAAAACAUCUAGAAACGAAAUUCCGAAUUUGAAAAUAACGAAAGAGAUGAGUCACAGGGAGGUCAUAAGUAGAUGACAGAUUGGCAAAGCUAUCACAGACACCAUCAGCAUACAGAUUUCUAACUUGUUUACCCCAUGAUUGAAAUACAGUCAGGUCCAUAAGUAUUUGGACAAUGACAUAACUUUCAUAAAUUUGCCUCUAAACUACUACAAUGGAUUUGAAAUGAAGCAAUCAAGAUGUGAUUGACGUGUAAAUUUUCAGCUUUAAUUCAAGGGGUUUAAAAAAAGUAUUGCAUGUAGUCUUUUAGGAAUUACAGUUUUUUUACACAGUCCCUCAAGUUACACAGGCUCAAAAGUAAUUGGACAAACUAACAAUAAUAAGUCUAAGGAUUAUUUUUAAUACUUGGAUGCAGAUCCUUUGCAGUCAAUGACUACCUGAAGUCUGGAACCUGUAAACAUCAAACCCGUGGAACAAUGCUGAGUUUCCUCCCUUGAGAUGCUUUGCCAGGCCUUUGCUAUAGCCAUCUUCAGUUAUCUGUCUGCCUUUAGUUUUGUUUUCAGUAAGUGAAAAGCAUGCUCAAUUGGGUUGAGGUCUGGUGACUGACUCGGCUAUUUAAAAACUUUCUUUGCCUUAAGAAGCUCUUGGGGUGCUAUCGUGGUAUGUCUGUACUGUGAAGCGCCAUCCUAUCAGUGUUGCAGCAUUUGACUGAAUCUGAGCAAAAAGUAAAGCUCUAAACACUUCAGAAUUUAUCCUGCUACUUCUAUCAGCAGUCACAUCAUCAAUAAACACCAGUGGUCCAGUUCCAUUGGCAGUCAUACAUGUCCAUGCUAUAACACUUCCUCCACCGUGUUUGACAGAUAAUGUGUUGAGCCCUUCAUUUCCUUCUCCAUACUCUUCUCUUCCCAUAAUUCUGGUACAAGUUAGUCUUGGUUUCAUCUGUCCAAAGAAUCUUGUUCCAGAACUGUUCAGGCUUUUUUAUUUUUUUAGAUGUUUUCUAGCAAUGUUUAACCUGGCUUUUCUGUUCUUGAGUGUUACCAGUGGUUUACAUCUUGAGGUUAACCAUCUGUAUUUAUAUUCAUGAAGGUGUCUCUUGAUUGUAGACUUUGACAAUAAUACUCCUACCUCCUUCAGUGGGCAUGACUUGACUUGACUAGAGGUAAAGUGGUUUUCUUCAACAAGGAAAGAAUUCUGUGAUCCUUCACUUUAGUUGUCUUCCGUGGUCUUCCAAGCAUUUGGUGUUACUGAACUCACCAGUGCAAUCCUUCUUUUUAAGAAUGUACCAAAUUGUUGAUUUGGGCACUCCAAAGGUUUCUACUUUCUGAUAGGUCCAUUUUGUUUUUGUUAGCCUAAUGAUGGCCUCCUUCACUUGCAUCAACACCUCUAUGGACAACAUAUUGCGAGUUCCUAUGAACAAAUGCAAGUUCAACGGUUUUGAAUCAACUCCAGACCUUUUAUCUCCUUAAUGUCAUGAAAUAAAGAGGAAAUAGGCCACACUUAUGUAAGAAAAAAAUUAGAAGAAAUAAAAUGGCUGUAAUUCCUAAACGAUUAAUGCAAUAUUUUUUGUUAAUAACCCGAAAUUCUACACUUCAGUCACAUCUUGAUUGCUUCAUGCAUUUCAAAUCCAUUGUGGUGG